AGCUUCAUUCGCUCUCAUUCAUUGAAUUUAUUUCGAGUCUUGUCCACGAUUGCAAUGGCAUCCAUACCAAUAUCAACAGCGGCCCAAGCGGCCGCAAAGAACGCCACCACUCUCACAGUAUCCCGCGCCGCCUUCCAACCCCGCCAAACAUUCGAUGUCUCCCCAGACAUCCCGCGUUCCUUCUUCCUCGGCCACCAUCACGCCGGCUUGGCCCGCAUGCGCCAGACCCUCUCCACCGUCGGCCUCAUCAUCGAGUGCCGCGAUUUCCGCGUGCCCAUCACCUCAUGGAACCCGCUCCUGGAACAAUCCCUCGCCGCCUCCCACCCCUCCGAGCGCGCCCGCAUCAUAGUCUACACCCACCACGACCUCGGGCCCCCCGGCCCGGCCUCCAAAGCCGCAGCCCACCACCUCCGCGAAUUUCACCUCCAGUCUUCCAACCGCGGCACCAAGGCCGUCCUCUUCACCGGCACCGGCAGCCCCGCCUACGGCGCCCACACGAAGGAUCUCCUCUCGGCCAUCAAGGCCGUCGCCCGCGAGCGCGACAGCCUCACGGGCCUGCGCGCCUUGGUCGUGGGAAUGCCCAACGCAGGGAAGUCCACCCUCCUCAACCAACUGCGCCGGCGCGGCAUGCCCGACCGCGGCGCGGCUAAAGUAGCGCGCACGGGCGCCAACCCGGGCGUGACGCGGCGGCUGAGCUCGCCGAUCCGCGUUGUGCCGGCCGAAGGGUCCGACACCAACUCUGGUGACCGCGGCGAUUCGGGGUCAGGACUGGAGGGGAUGGGCGAGGGCAUCUUCGUCGUGGAUACGCCCGGCGUCUUCAUGCCGUACGUGUCGGACCCGGAAAAGAUGCUCAAGCUGGCGCUGGUGGGCUGCGUCAAGGACGGGCUGGUGCCGCGCGAGACGCUGGCGGAUUACCUGCUGUUUCGGCUCAACCUGUCCUUCUCCGAUGAUGGUGAUAAUCGUCCGCGUCGCGAGUACGUGGAGCGGCUGAAGCUGGACGGGCCGACCAACGACGUGAAUGAGUUUCUCGAGGCGGUGGCCAGGCGCGUGGGCAAGCUGGCCAAGGGCGGCGGCGCCAACUACGAGGCAGCUGCCGAGUGGGUGGUGCAGGAGUGGAGGAGCGGCGGGUUUGGGAGGCUGCUGCUGGACGAGGUGACGCCCGAGACGCUGGCGCGGGCGAUGGAGCAGGCCCAGGUGUCUGAGCUGAGUAUGAACCAGGCACGAAAGAAGGAGAAGGAGGCGAGGAAAGCCAGGAAUGAGGCCAAGCGGCUUGGGAGUUCUGGCGACGGCGGGAAUGGUGCGGUUUGA